GAGACUGUUAUCAAUAGCUACGAUGGUAGAUGAAACGGAUAUAAAUAUGUCCCUGGGAUCUGGAUGUUCUAUCCGGAGGUAGUGUUAUCGGGUACGCACCAUGAGCUUCAGCUUCAAGACUUUGGCCGUGUCGGCCCUGGCUGUCCUGAGCACUGCCAGCAAUGCCUCGCCCGUUCACCUCCGUCGCCAGGCAUCCGGGAACACGACCAUUGUCUACACCAAUGCCAAUGGGUUGAACUUCACGCAGAUGAACCCUAGUCUGCCCAACGUGACCAUUUUCGCAACCGGAGGCACCAUCGCCGGCUCAGACCCGGACUCCUCCGCGACAACGGGCUACCAAGCCGGUGCCGUGGGCGUGGAAUCCCUCAUCAACGCUGUCCCUCUCAUCACCACCAAAGCUAACGUGGCCGGUGUGCAAAUCGCCAAUGUCGGCAGUGAAGACGUCACCUCUUCCAUCCUCGUCAAACUGUCCAAACAGAUCAACAAGGUCGUCUGCAAUGAUCCCACCAUGGCGGGUGCAGUCAUCACCCACGGCACGGACACCCUCGAGGAAACGGCCUUCUUCAUGGACGCCACCGUCAACUGCGGCAAGCCUGUUGUCAUCGUCGGCGCCAUGAGGCCCUCCACCGCCAUCUCGGCGGAUGGUCCGUAUAAUCUCCUCGAGGCCGUGACGGUGGCUGCUAGUCCCAAGGCACGCAAUCGGGGCGCCAUGGUCGUCAUGAACGACCGCAUCACUUCCGCUUACUAUGUCACCAAGACCAAUGCCAAUACCAUGGAUACCUUCAAGGCCCUGGAGAUGGGAAAUCUGGGCCAGGUCAUCUCCGACACGCCGUUCUUCUUCUACCCGCCCGCGACGCCCACGGGGAAGCACGUGGUGGAUAUUAGCAAUAUCACCGUUAUUCCCCGGGUGGAUAUCCUCUAUGCUUAUCUAGAUAUGCCGAGUGAUAUGCUGUAUAACUCGGUUAAGAGCGGUGCCAAGGGGAUAGUGAUCGCAGGAGCCGGCGCCGGAGGCGUUAGCACCCCCUUCAACUCUGCCAUUGAGGAUGUUGUCAACAACCAUACCAUCCCUGUUGUUCAGAGCUUCCGCACCGGAAACGGCGAGGUCCCUCUCUCGGACGUCUCGAGUAACACUUCCACGCACAUCGCGAGUGGAUACCUGAACCCGCAGAAGUCCAGAAUCCUGCUGGGCCUCCUCCUGGCUGAGGGAAAGAAUAUAACUGGUAUCGCCGAAGUGUUUGCACGGGGAACUGAUGACUGAAUGGAUUAACUAUGUUCUUGUUUAUGUUGACAAAUGUAUCAUUAUGAGAUAUAUGUAUGUGGACAGCGCUAGGCUUAUUUUGGAAAUAGAACACGUGAUCGUUUACAUAACCCACAACUGCGACUUUUUCUUCUUUCAAGAAAGAGUCGAAAUAUUAAUGAAAAAAAAACUAUCUCACCCAACACCAGCAUCAGAAAUGACUUACAGCUGGGCUAUCUUGAUGCUCUAACUCUACUUAAUACUAACAGUAGCUACGGUACGUUCAUAUUAUCAUUCUUGUUUUUUUGUGCAAUUUCUCCACCCAUCCACCCACAGCAAAGACGAUGCGCGAAGGAAACACCUCCAAAUGAUGAGAGCAUUUUUCAAGAACCGGUUAUUUUUAGGAAGAGCCGGAAAAGGCAUGGCAGGACGUCGUAUGGCGUCUUGUCGUCGGUGCUUAUAAUGGUUCUGCUGAGGAGAUUCGUUUGGUUUAUUUGUUGCAUUGCUUUUUCUGCUGGAUCUGGAUGGCUUUAUUGCUAUUGCUCAUUCUGGGUCUAUUGUGAUCUGUUUUAUUCAGAUUGCGGUGCUGAUUUUGUUUG